AUGGCCAAGUCGUCCCCGCUAUUGGAGGCUGUACAUCAAUUCUGCUGCACUACCACGCUGCACGGUUUCAAAUAUCUGUUCUCGAAGUUUCUCUCCGAUCGAAUCGGUUGGCUGCUGUGCUGCUGCGCCAGCGCUUGCUGCGCUGGCUUGCUGUGCGAUGUGCUGUGGGAGCGUUUCACGGAAGUGCCGGCCCUGAUAACUCUGCGGGACUUGCGCGCCGACCGCAGCAUUCUGCGCCUGUCCAACAUCGCCUUCUGCCAAUCGGCGCGCCACGUCGCGCACUUGUUCCAGCGAGAAUUGGUUACUGACACAGAGAUUAGAGCGAGGCUGCCGGCGAUACUGAGUCUCGUGUUGCGAAGGAAGGCGUUGAAGGAUAGUCAGGUGUUGGUUCUGGAGCGGGCACUUGCACUAAACAACUUGACGCUGCCGGAAGCCCUGUUCAAGCUGAUGCCAACGUGUGGCGUCAUCAUCCGGAAAUGCCGCUGGCUGUCCAUGACGCUGCCGUCCAGCGACAUCUUCGAUAAGGAGAUGACCCAGUGGGGAGUCUGCUGUGUUAUGCGCCCUAACCAAAACCUCCAAAUUUUCUUCCAGCUAUUCACUAGGUAUCCCGGCGAGGAUUGGGUGGAACCUAUUACCUUAACUCCUGGCUUCAACUACUUUGGCUCGCUGAUAUCCACCUCCAUAGAGGACAGUAACGUGGAGAGCUUGGUCAACAACAGGUGUGUUUACCGCGACCGCUACACGAAGAGUGGCUGUGAGAUAAAAUGCGCGGAGAACUAUUGCGGAUGCUCCGAUCCGUUGCAGACGAACGAUUUUGACUUGACGCCAUCGCUUCCCACGUGUUCCGCUGCCAAUCUCAACUGUUUGAGGACGUUCAAAUACGACAAUUUAAGCUGCAACUGCCUACCGUCGUGUAAAAAAGUUACCACCGAUCUAGCUUGGGAAUUCAGUCCUAUAAAUGCCUUCGAAUAUACUUACGACAAUAUCUAUUCCGGUUUAAAUGCAACUAUGGCGAUUGUAGUGCACCUGCAAGUGAGACUGGCCAACUCCAAGAAAUUCAUCGUCAAUGCCACCGAAACAUGGAUCACAUUAUUGUGUACG